GAUGUGAAACCCUAGCUCUGGAUGAUGAACUGCCUUGCCUUUCAGGUUUAUUUUCUUUUUUUACGAGAAUAGAGAAAGAAAAGCUGGGGACUGUAAUUAAGGGGCAGACGGUAAAAAAUACAGGUUGCGUCCUCGGCGUCUGUUUUUUCAAAUUUUACCGACGGAGAAGAAACGCAGGAUCUGAAAAUGUGAAAGAAGAAAAAGAGAAGGGAAUCACACACACAUAGAGAGAGAGAGAAUGGUAUCGGAGAAGGAAAAGACAAUUGGAACCUGUUUGGUCGGAGCUGCGGCGGCGGUCGUAGGAGCGUCGCUGCUCCAUCUCUACCUGAAAGGAGACCCGUUUCCAUUAGGAUUAGGUUUAGGUUUGGGAUUGCCAUGGCGCAGGUUCAGACAGCGGAAGCCUGUUCGCGUCUACAUGGAUGGUUGCUUCGACAUGAUGCACUACGGCCACUGCAACGCCCUCCGACAAGCCCGUGCUCUCGGUGAUCAAUUGGUAGUCGGUGUCAUCAGCGACGAAGAGAUCAUCGCCAACAAGGGUCCUCCUGUCACGCCCCUUCACGAGAGGCUGAUAAUGGUGAAGGCUGUGAAAUGGGUCGAUGAGGUCAUCCCCGACGCUCCUUACGCCAUCACGGAAGAUUUCAUGAGGAGAUUGUUCGACGAGUACCAGAUCGAUUACAUCAUACAUGGGGACGAUCCCUGCGUUCUUCCAGAUGGAACCGAUGCUUAUGCCCUCGCUAAGAAAGCUGGUCGCUACAAGCAGAUUAAGCGCACUGAAGGCGUUUCUAGCACCGACAUCGUUGGUCGUAUGCUUCUGUGCGUAAGAGAAAGAUCCAUUAACGACAGUCACAACCAUUCCUCUCUGCAAAGACAGUUUAGCCAUGGUCACACCCCAAAAUUUGAGGAUGGGGGUUCUCCCGCUGGAACCCGUGUCUCACAUUUUCUUCCUACAUCUCGGAGGAUUGUCCAGUUCUCCAAUGGCAAGGGGCCAGGACCUGAUGCACACAUAAUAUAUAUUGAUGGCGCUUUCGAUCUGUUCCAUGCUGGCCAUGUUGAGAUUCUUAGGGUUGCUCGAGAGCUUGGAGACUUCCUACUCGUUGGAAUACAUGAUGACCAGACUGUCAGAGCUGAAAGAGGAGCACAUCACCCUAUCAUGAAUCUUCACGAAAGAAGCCUGAGUGUUCUGGCUUGUCGCUACGUAGAUGAGGUGAUAAUUGGUGCUCCCUGGGAAGUGUCAAAAGACAUGAUCACAACGUUUAACAUUUCUCUGGUCGUCCAUGGAACAGUGGCAGAAAGCAAUGAUUUUUUGAAGGAGAAAGAUAAUCCUUAUGCUGUACCAAUCAGAAUGGGCAUAUUCAGAAUUCUAAAAAGCCCUCUCGAUAUCACAACCUCCACUAUAAUAAAGAGGAUAGUAGCCAACCAUGAAGCUUACCAGAAGCGGAACACGAAAAAGGAAGCCAGUGAGAAAAGGUACUACGAGGAGAAGACUUACAUGACGGGGGAUUAGGACGACAGUAUUUAGGCCCUUGAGAAGCUGCUACACACUCUUAGAGAAGUUUUUGGUGGCAUGCUGCUGCGACCAUUUGGUUUACAAGGAAGAAGCAGUGGCAACUCUUAGAUCUGUUUGUAGAAUACUCACACUGUGGAUGUGGAUGUUCGUCGCCGGGGAUCAUCCAUCCCCUGUAAGAGAGAAGAGAGUUUAGGGUUUCACAAAUUUGGGUUAUCCACUUUUAA